AACAUAUGUAACUAAUAUGGUAAUAAACAAGGAUUUUACAAAAAAUAUUAUUAGAGCUAAAGCUUUGUAUAGUUUUAAAGGAAAAAAUAAUGACGAAUUAAGCUUUCUUAAAGGGGAUAUCAUCACUAUUACUCAAGCUCCUACUCUAGUAUGUGAUAAAGAAAUAAAUAUUUAUGAAAGUGAUCCAAAAGAUUGGUGGGAAGGCUCUUUGUCCUCAAAAAUUGGUUGGUUUCCAUGUAAUUAUGUUGAGAUAAUAGAUAAUGAUGAAUCAAUUAAUAAUUUGGAUAUAUAUAUUCACAUUAAGCCAAGUCAAACAAAUAUUUCUUUUCACUCAAUGGUCAUUCAAAAUGCUGUAGAUCAUGAGACUAACCACGUGAAUGACAUUCACGAGUUGCUAAGAAAAUAUUUGCGACCAUUACAUGGUGCAAAAAUUAUGACUAUACUGGAAUAUUAUUGUAUCCUUUCAAACCUAGAACAUAUUGCAAUAUUUCAUUCAAAGCUUUUAAAUUUACUGAAAUAUGUCACAGAGUCCAAAAUUGAGCAUCAACGAAUAGGAGGAUUAUUUCUCAAAACAUAUCCACAAAUUUCUUCGCUCAUCAAAAAAUACUGUUCAAAUCAUCCUUCUGCUAUGAGAAUAGUGAUAGACGUUAAAAGGGAUGGCAUCCAAACCUAUUUAAAUACCUUGAAUAAUCUUCAAAAUGUCAGUCAACCGAGUACCAAAAAUGUUAAUAUCAAGAAAAUCAGCGAGGUGGAACAUUGGAAAAAGCUAUGUGCUGGUUUAAGCCUUCCUUUUAGGCACUUGGAAAGAUACCCGACCUUUUUAAGAGAAUUGUACCGUUUAUUACCCGAAAAUCACGUAGAUCGUGGCGAUAUUCAAAGAGCUAUCGAAUUAUACUGCGACCUUAUGGUACAACUGCAAGACAUUAGGAAGCAAAAGGAAUUUGAAUUGGAAAUCGUUACAAAUUCAAUUGAAGGCUGGGAGGGAGAAAACAUCAAAGCGCUAGGUCAUAUCGUUUCCAUCACUACGGCAAGUAUAAUUUCGAGAAGUUCUGAAAAUCUGAAUUGUGAUGGAUUCAAUCAAAAAGACGAAAAAUAUUUUGUUUUAUUUCCUGAAACCUUAUUGAUAAUAUCCCCCAACUUUACCUUAAAUGGCUUCUUAUACGAGGGAAAAAUUCCUAUAGCAGGAUUGAAAACCGAAAGCAUAAAAGUAUCUGAAAAUUUUAAUGAGGAUACAACUAUUAUUAUUACAGGAAUUUUGAUUGAUCCUAUCAUAGCCCAAUGCAAUAAUAUUAAAGAAAAAGAUAGGUUUAUUGAAAAUAUGAGCCUACUUCAAGCCAAAAAUGUCUCCAAAAUGUUUGACGCGUCAGUUAUCAAUCAAAAAAACAUUGAAAACUUGGUUCCUAAAAAUAAUGAUGAUGAAGGUAGAAUCGAAAGGCUGACUUAUAUAAAAUCCGGUAAUAUCACUCUAAAAGAAAUCAACAAGCCUAAACAAUCAAGUUACGUUGCUCUUUCUGAUUCAAUUCAGAGCGAUUCAAAAACAAUUACUACUAAAUAUCAUGACAAUACCGCAAACGUGAGUUCUUCCCUCAAUGAAAUAAGCCAUCAAGGACCACCACCGAUCAAUAUAAGUCGUAAAAAAUUAGUACCUUCUCUCGGGAAUGUAAUGAAACCGGAAGAAAUAGCUUCUAACAAAUCUCACACUCAAAUUCAGUUUUCAAGCCCUGGAGGAAUGAAGGAUAAAGAGGACAUUUACGAAACAUUUUACAUGUCAUCCUCCUCUCUCACCAAUACCACACUAUCCCCAUCUCCGUCUUUCGCCAUCAAAGAUGUUGCUAACGAAUCUACCAAAUAUAAUAUUUUAUCCGUACCUAAUGGUAAAUGUUUCACUAGCCGCCAUAAUAACUUUGUAAUUAGUAACGACAUUUUAGACAGCAGUAUUUACGAAAAAUCAAUUUCAAUAUCGGAACCCAAAGUUUUCUACAACCAAAAAGUAUAUAACCUUUCUAUGAUCAGCCCUUUAUCACCACUUAGACCCAAAUUGAUGGAGGUAUUCCCUGUUCAGAGAUCCAAUAUAGUUUAUUUUAAAUCUAUAGAAAAUCUUGAGGACGCACAGCUUUUAAAGAUUGUUGAAACCUUAAAUUCAGAUAUCGAAAAUUGGGACAAAAAUAAAUUUGAAGAUUAUUGGAUGAACGGAAAUCAGUCCGACACUACAUAUGCCAUAAUUAAUAAGAAUUCCAAAGAUUAUGACAAACACGUGGUAUAUCAAAUAAAUUCAAAAAUAGACCGAAUGUAUCAGGUUUAUAUUGAACAUAUUCAUCGACUUGAAAACUUAGAAUGUAAUAUGGUUUUAUUAAGACAGAGUUUAGAAACUGAAACGUUGGCUAGACUUAAAUUACAAAUUAUAGUGGAUGAAAAGUUAACAGAUCUAAUUAACUGAACGAUGAAGAACUUCAUUUACAUAUGACCUACAAUAAUAUAUAUGUAUUUUUUUUCUCAUGUGAUUGUGACUUAAUUUAUUUUUUUUAAAUGUUUUGAUAUUUUAAAAAAUUUGAUACUGAUAUCGGUGAUAUAUACGUAAUUAUUUUAAUUGAUAUAUAAAACCCAAAUUGAAUUUGUUAUGUUAAUUAUAUUUUAUUGACUGUAUCAUUAAUCAUUAUUAGCGCUGAAGGUUAGUAGAU